UACUCCUAGUCCUUAAUGGCUAAAACAACAAAAAACGCCUUCACUGUGGUCGUCCAUUUCGAAAUGUUAUGAAAUAUAACAUCGCAUCAAUGUUGAAAAUAAUUCAAUUUAUGGUUAUUAAACGCAGCGAAAAGAUAUCGCUGUGUAUUAAAUAAAAGUGAUCCGUUUUGAUUUAAAUAGUGUAUUACGUGUUUACGUUAUUAAGACAUGUAAACAUAACCUAAAAUAAUAGAUAGUAAAUAAUUUGUUAAAAUCAUUCGUAUUUGAUAGUGCAAAUAAAUUGUAUUACGAUGAAUUUGCCACGACUACUAAUAAUCAGCACAGAAAAAGGAAAAGCUAACGAAAUUGCUACCAGUAUAGGAGCAGAGAGAUUAUCUAAUCACGACUAUUUUGAGUAUUAUCUAUGGAAUAUUCAGAAUAAGUAUUACAGGACACAAGUGUUAGUGUGUGUUACAGAAAAUCCAUCUCCAGGUAUUCCGAUCGACGGCGUAGAAGCAUUGAUCGUGCAUCAUGAUCCGCAGGCAGAAAAUGCAGAACACAAUUUAAAACAAUGGUCUUCUUUGAUUACUUCUUUAAUGGAAGCAGAAGUAUUAUUAUUUUCUUGUAAUUGUAUAACAGAUGUUCUUAUCAGAGACAAAGUAAUAAAAUGGUGUUUACAAAAGAAGUUUGAAUUAAUUGAAUUAAAUAGACCCGAUACAGAUGUUUCGGAAGCUGAUUUAGAACAUAACAAAUAUGGCAUUGAAAGGAUUAUCGAAGCUUUACAUGCUCAUACGUGGCCCAACAUGAUACUGAAAGGGAAAUCGUCGAGUACGGAAGAUCAAGGCUCUGACAUGGAUGAAGUUGAAGAGCAAUUUGAAAAUAUCAGAUUGUCUCAGGAUGUCACAGAGAUAUUUUCAAUGGAGAACAUGCUAGAUGGAAUUAUGGGGGAAGAAAAUACAGAUUUUGGCGAAUUAUUUAGUCAAUUAAUGGCUAUGAAAGAACAUGCUGCAACACUACCGACUAAUCAAAGACGAAUAGCAGCUGAACAAUUAGUUAAUGCAUUCUGGAAAGCGAUGGGAGGUGACCCUUCAGAAACUGAAUUAAACUAAUUUAUGCAUUAAUUAUAUAAUGCGCAUAGAUACCUACCACACAUGCAUAAUUGCUUAUGACUUAUGAUAGAACUGUUCUGGUAUAUUGGUCUGAAUUGAGCGCAAUAAUAAAGCCAAUCGUUAUAACAAUAGAAAAAGAAAAAAAAAAAAAAUAACAUAGUCUUGCAUGUAUCAAAUAUACAUUUAAAUUCUGUAUAUGAAUUACAUCUAUACUAUAAUUUCUUCAAUACAC